UAAUAUACUUAACACUGUCCAGGUACAUUAUCAGACGUGCGCAUUGCCAACCAUUUAAGAGUUGCAUGAGUGCAGGUUUGUUUCCGAUCAUAUGAUUGUUACUGCUUUUUUUUCACAAAAAGAGCGAAAUUAGUUGAAUAACAGCGAUAUACAAGUGAAAAAUGUCAACUGAAACAGAUAGAAUUGCUGCUGGUCAGUUGCUUGACUCCCUGUACUUGGACAUGUUUCAUCUUAUUGAGGCGCACACCCAAUCUCGCAUCGACAUCGAGCGUACCAAUUCCAGUGGCGCCAUUCUCCUCGCCCGCACCAAAUUCCAGCAAGGGGGCCAAGCGAUAUCCACGGCACAAAUACCAACGGAAAACAGCGCAGAAUUUAACGCCCUCUGUCGGGUUGUAAGUGUCGCAGAGAAGAAAUGGGCAGAGAUCUCUGUGGAGCGACAUGCGGUGGACAAGGAGAAAGGCUACAUGGAACCUUUGCACUGGUUUAGCGUUUUGCCACCGUUGAGCUUACGGAAUGCCAUGGACAAGUUCAAGAAAUGCAUUGAAAUUGUUGCAGAAAGUACGAACGUGCAACGGGAGCUUAGUGCAGUAUUAAGUGGCAUCGACAGACUGCGAAGAUCUGUUGCGCUACAAUAAACCUUUGAAUGUAUUCGAGCAUAUUGCAUGUGUAUAAAUAAGAAUAAAGUUGAGAACUGUUAAGAGAAUCAAAUAAAUGUAAAUUUACUGGA